GCCUUCGUCCGAGGCAGGAAGAAUUUUAUCCUCACCACCCUUUAAAAGUAAAAGAGCAAAGGUAUCAUCAUGCCCUCCUGUCUCACCAAAAGCCCCUCACCCCUCCAAUCCAAUACUAAUUAGAAAAGGAGCCCUGGAGGGACUGCACUCAUUCCCUCGUUAAAAAAAUAUCCCUCCCACAUCCACUCCUUCCCCCCCUCCUCCCCGUUCCUUUCCACCUGAGGGAAUCAUCAUAGAGUUAGAGCAAGAGAGAGAGAGAGAGACUGAAAGUGAUCAUGAAGGAGACGAUAAGGUGCUGCAUCUCCUGCAUCCUGCCAUGCGGCGCGCUGGACGUGGUCCGCAUCGUGCACGCCGACGGGCGCGUCGAGGAGAUCAGCGGCACGGUGAGCGCCGGGGAGAUCAUGCAGGCAUACCCCAAGCACGUGCUUCGGAAGCCGCCUUCGGCCGUGUCCGAUGAUGGCGCUGUCCCGAAGAAGGCAGCGAUUCUGCCACCCAAUGCCGAGCUCCAGAGAGGCAAGAUUUAUUUCCUCAUGCCCGUGUCGUCGGUGCCGGAGAAGGCCCGGUCGCGGAAUACGUCCAUGAGGAGGAGGAACAAGAAGAGAGACGAGGAGAGCAAUGGAGACCCGACCGAUAAGACGAGGCUCCUCGUCAACGACCGGCACUUGUCGGCGGAGAAGGUGUCCUCGCAGAGGGAUAGGCGGCGGGGGAGGGUCGGCGUCUGGCGGCCGCAUUUGGAGAGCAUCUCGGAGGUUCUUGAAUGAUUUCUAAAUAUGAAGUUCUCCUCUCUUUUUUUUCACUUUCGUUUGAUUCCUCUUUUCUUUGUGGCCUUAAGCAUCUUCAGAGCUCCUUUCAGAGGUGGUGAUGUCUUCAUAAAGAUUAAAGAUAGAUGCAACACCCUUCUUUGCUUCUCUUUUC